AUGAAUAAUAGUGGUCGUCCUUCAUCAGCACCUUAUGGUAGAACACCAACAUCAGCCACUAGUAGAAAUUCCUUCCUCAAUUCUUUUGACAGAAACUCAACUUUGAAUAGUAGCAGUCAUCAACAACAGGCAACGAGGAAUGGAACACCUAAUUCCAUCGUUACAAAUCCCAAUUCAAAUAUAAAUCUUAAUAAUUUGGAGAGUAUGAGCGAGAGUGAUGCCAUUAUUACAUUAUUGACAAGUUUUCUUGCCGAAGGAGAACGUUACAUGAAAACAAGAGAAUGGGAUAAAGCAAUUGUUUCUUUUACAAAAGCUUUGGAGGAUGAACCAAUGAACAAGUAUGCUUAUAUUUGCAGAUCGAAAUGUUUUACUAAUAUUGGAGAAUUUGAUAAAGCAAUUGAGGAUGCGGAAAAGGCUUUGGAAAUUGAUCCAAAAUAUCAUCGAGCAUUUCUAGCAAAGGCAGAGUGUUUAUAUUCAUCAGGAAAAUUUGAGUAUGCUCUUGUAUAUUAUUAUAAGGGAUAUGACCUUCGAAAGGAUAUUGAGGAUUUUAAGAAGGGUAUUAGAAAAGCCAAAAUUGCAAUUAAUGAAUCUAUUGAACAGGAUGAAAUUGACAGAGCAUACAAGAAGGGAUCGGAUUCAUUGAAUUCAUCUCGGUUGGGAAGUUUGAGCUCAUCAAGACCAGGUUCAGCAUCUAGUACUUUUUCUUCAAGACCAGGUUCUGCCACGUCAAGGCUCUAUCAGACUCAGACGAGAAAAGUUGUCACUCCUAGGGAUGUUCAUUCGGGUUAUACAUUACCUGCCAAAAAUCAGCUCAAUAAGAAUAGACCUUCAUCAGCUGGCAGUACUCUUUCAAGGACAGUUCAACGUCCCGCUUCUGCAGGAUCUUCAAGGCAACAAUAUAAUCCAUCAUUCACACCCAAACCCCCCAUUCCUAGACCAAUGUCAGCCUCAACAACUAGACCAUCAAGUGCAAGAACCACCUAUUCUGGCACCAGUAGACCAAUGUCAGCAACAAGGCCAAAGAGUGCCAAUGUAAAUAGAAAAGAAAGAUUUCUCCUUGGAGAAUUUACCAAAGAUGAGGAUUAUCUCAAUAAUCUUUUGAACGAUCAAUGUAAGUAA